AUGCUUUUGUAUUAUUUUGCAAGCGCAGUCAAGUCAAUUCAGUUUCAUGUUGAUGAUGACAUAAUCGAUAAACUGAAUUACUACUAUACGACGGCGAUAAUAACAGUUUUUGCUAUUCUGGUAUCGGCAAAGCAGUAUGUUGGCUUUCCAAUCCAAUGUUGGGUUCCGGCAACUUUCACAGAGCCUAUGGAACAGUAUACUGAGAAUUACUGUUGGGUGCAAAAUACUUACUUUCUACCUCUACAUGAUUAUAUACCGCACAAUUAUGCGGAAAGAGAGAAUAGACAAAUAGGUUAUUACCAAUGGGUUCCAUUUGUUCUAGCCUUAGAGGCUCUAUUGUUUUAUGUUCCAACUAUAGUAUGGCGAUUAUUGAGCUGGCAAUCUGGAAUCCAUGUUCAAUCACUUGUACAAAUGGCAUGUGAUUCCCGUCUUCUUGACCUAGAAUCGAGGAAUCGAGCCUUGCAAACUAUAGCCACUAAUGUUGAAGAAGCACUCCACGUCAAACAUCAAGUGAUGAGUGGAAAUCGCUUGAAGCUGCUAAAUCUUAUAAUAUGCACUCGAUCAUCUGGAGCAGCUGUCACUUUUCUAUAUAUAUCCAUCAAAAUAUUGUAUACAGUUAACAUAGUUGGCCAAAUCUUUCUGUUAAACACAUUUCUCGGGAAUCGUAGCAAAUGGUAUGGAUUGCAGGUUCUGAAUGAUCUUAUGAAUGGAAGGGAAUGGGAAGAGUCAGGACAUUUCCCAAGAGUUACACUCUGUGAUUUCGAAGUCAAAGUUCUGGGGAAUGUCCAUCGUCACACAGUUCAAUGUGUCCUAAUGAUUAAUAUGUUUAAUGAAAAAAUAUUCUUAUUCUUAUGGUUCUGGUACUUCCUACUUGCCGGAGCAACUGUGUGUUCGCUCUUUUACUGGAUUUAUAUUUCUGUUGUUCCGAGCAGACAAUUGAACUUUGUUGGAAAAUAUUUGACAGGAAUUGAAGGCUACAAAAUGGUCGACUCUCAGUCAUUACGCCGUUUUGUUUUCCAUUUCUUGCGACAAGAUGGUGUCUUUCUUCUGCGGAUGGUCGCUACACAUGCUGGCGAACUACCGUGCUAUGAAUUGGCUAAAACACUAUGGAACAACUAUUGCGAUAAUAAAGAGGGCAAAAUGCAUGACGUAUAA